UUUUGAAUAUUUAUUAUAGAGUUAUUUCUCUUAGACCGUAGGCAUAACCCUUUCCGGAUUACAAAUUAAUAGUUGGUUCAGUUCUCUAUUCACCACAUUUGUUUAAUUAUCUUUGACUUUAGUAUUUAUCGAUAGGUUUGGUAAAUUUAUUUUCCAUGCAACACAAACAGUUACACUAGACUGCAAUUAAUUAACUAUCUAAUCGGUCAGCUCCGUUUCGCCAAGGUAGACAACUUCUCUGAUCAAAACAUUUCUGUCGGAAGAGAAUGUUGCAGCGUCUGUUAGUUGCCCUCACGUGUAUUCUUGUUUUUACUGUACUUCCUUGCAUCGAUGGGAAAAUCGUAGGAGGAUUCGUCAUGCCUCAUGGGGGAAUAGCUCUGGAUCCUAACCAUUUUAACACCACAAAUGCCACUUGUAAGGAGCAGGCCUGGGAAGUCCACCGAGCGUGCAUUGCUGUGGGUGAGACAAUCCAACAGCUGCGGCCUGACACAAUCUUUCUCAGCACUCCUCAUGGAAUAGCAGAUGCAAACAACUUUAUUUUCUAUUUAAAUCCUCUUGCCGAAGGAUACGCCGAUACAGAUAACUGUCAGUGUCCACCAUGCUGCUACAAUAUUUCGGUUGUGGUGGAUGCAAAUUUCUCUGUAAACCUAGCGAGUUCUCUUGCUGCGCUGUACAACGUAUCAGGGCUGAGUGCGUAUGGGCCGCCGGGUCAAAGUUCAGAACCUUUCCCUCUCAGAUGGGGAGAAGUGAUCCCCCUGCACUUUGUUCCGGAGCUGAAUAGAUCCAAAGUUGUCUUCCUCUCUCAGCCCAGCCGACGUUACACGGAAGUUGUCGACAUGAUAACAGAGCUCCUGAAAUUAGGUGCACAGCUGUAUAAGAGUCUGGAGGCCAGGGAGGAGAGGGUGGUGGUGAUAGUCAGUGCAGACCUCGCUCACACUCACAGCACAGACGGGCCCUACGGCUACAGCAAUGCAUCGGAACCAUUUGACAUGGCCUGUGGUCAGUGGGCCGCCUCUCUGGAUGAUGCGGCGCUGCUGGUGGAGGCAGCACAGUACGUGUCGCAAGCAUUGUCGUGCGGGUACUCGGGGAUGGUCAUGCUGCACGGCAUGCUCACCGCCGCAAAGGACGCCGGCUCCCAGUGGACGUCGCGGCUGCUGGUCAACCACCACCCCAGCUACUACGGCAUGAUGGUGGCACAGUUCCUGCCAAAGACUGUGCACAAGGACUUGUAGUUGAUUCUUGUAUUUCAUUUCUCGUUCUCUUUCACUUUUGCUCUAUGUAUGCGUGCGUGCGUUAGUGUGUGUGACAUUUGUUGUUUAUUCCUUGUUACUCAUCAAGGAGCAUAGGGCCGCAACAACACCUCGCCAGGGAACCUGGUUUUGGGCAGCACCCUUCUGUUCGGUCCAUGUGAUUCCCACGUCUUUUACAUCGCUCUCAACUCUCCUCUUCAGCUGAGGUUCCAGUCAAUCGUGUGUAGGACGAGAGGUUCCAUGUUCAUGCAUCUUGUUGCAUCAGAAGCGACGAUUCUCUAACCAUUGUUACUCAGUUGUCUCUUACUAAAAAUUGUGAUCAUCCAAAACAUUAGCUUCUUCUUAUCUAGUUUGAAAAUAUACUGUAAUCAGUUUUAAUUUAUUGUUAUGUAGUAUGCCAAAUGUUAUUUCUAAUUUCUACACAAUCUUACAUUCUCCAACAUGUAUUCAAAAGAGACUGCGUUUUGAUAGGUUACACAAAUAUCAUAUUCCACCCUCAGU